AUGGAAACUAUAUACGAUAGCUGGUUAGAAUACUUGGUCAAACACCCCAUCUUUGACCUGGACGAUGCCGACAAGCGUUGUGCUCAAACGAUGCAGUCUAAACAGACACGUCAAGACAGCAAUGUCGUCAAUUUCAUUCUGCAACACCACGCCCGUGUCAUUGCUAUCAGAGACAACGACCUUUUUGUAGCCAUUGCUUCUCAAAUCAGAGUGCUCAACUUGUCAAACUUCAAAGAUAACUGGUUGAGGGCUGCUAAAGAAGCAAACAGCAAAGACGAGCCAUUGUCUGACAAUUGGAUGCUGUCGACUCCUUACAAGGUCUUGGACACACCUGAAAUCAAUUACAACAUUGAAGCCAUGUCGCCCAACAGCAACGGUCGUUUGCUGGCAGUAUGUGGUGAACAUCGUUUGGAGGUUGUGUGCCUACCCAGACAGUCCUUUUCAGAUGUCGCUUUUGCUGGCAUUAUUCCCAAGAGAAAGGUGGAUUGUCGUACUUUAUCAGUGGGCGGCAAGUACUACCAGAAAUCAAAGGCUGAGCUGCUCAAGAUUCAAUGGCAUCCACUCAGUGAUACCCACACGCACAUUGUCAUCCUCGGUAAUGACAACAUGUUGAGAAUCUUUGACAUCAGUUGCGAUAUUGAAGUGCCCGAACAGUCAUUCGAUUUGUCACCAUUGGAUCUUGUCACCAUCACACAACCCAUCAAAAGACUGGGAUCUUUCAAUGUCGACGAUCAAGACAAUUCAGAUGAGGAUGUUGUUUCAUUCACACUCGGUGGACCCAGCAAAGACAAGAGUGGUUGGGAGCCUUUCACUGUAUUUUACGUUCUUCGCAAUGGCCACAUGUACUCCCUGUGUCCUGUCAUCCCCUUCAGAAGUGUGGUUCGUCGCAGUCAUUUGGACAACCUCGCUUGCAUUUCAGACGCCAAAUACCAACAAGCCAAAUCUGCCUCAAAGCCUGAUCACAAAACGUUAUCUCAUUUGUUCAACCUCCACAGCAUUUGGAUCGACGACUUGUUUCAGACUGCAAAGAUUGCUCGUAGAUCAAAUGAAAGUGAUAGCUUGGUGGUGGUAAGUGAUGAGCAUCAUAGUCAGUAUCCUGUUCUCAGACAGGGCCCAUUCGUCAUCACGCAUACGGAUCCUCUCAGCCAAGGUGUCGAGGCGACUGAUCUCUUGCUCAUCAAUGCAGAUCCUGUUUACGUGCUCGCCUUGGGUUUGACAAAUGGCAGUGUUCACAACUAUUUGCUCAGCGGUGAGAUUGAUGCUCAAUGGAGAAUGCCAGUGGCUAAUGUCACUCAUACCUGGCAAAAGGACUUGGGCUUGUUAUUGGCUGAUGCAGCAUGUCUUCCAAAGGCUUCCUUGUACGAGAUCAUCAAUCUCAAGACUCAGGAAUUACCCAAAUACCAAACUGUCACUCUGAUGUCUGAUCCAUUGUAUGAGGAUACCUACUUUGUCUAUCACGCUGCUGGUGUACAUGCUGUUGCUAUGAGCACAUGGAUCCAACCCCUCCGUAAUGCCAUCCUCAAAUACGAAUCUGGAAACAACCCCGAAUCAAAGCGUGAGUUGGAUAGCUUGUUAAAGGACAAGAGCCGAUCUGAAGUAAGAUCGCUCGUCAACGCUUCUCCCUUCAAAGAUGCAUUUGUGCCUAUCAUUGGCUUGGUACUGAUUUCUGAUAUUUACUUGUCCUACUCACUGCUGGCCUUGACAACGGAUUACAGAUUGGUGACAAGAGACUUGAACAUGCGUAGUGAUGAAGAUAUCCCUGAGGAAGCUGAAAAGGCUGUAAAGGCUCAAUUGCACACGAUUGGAUCAGAGCAAAAUGAAAGCAAGAAAGGAUACGAACCCCUUUUAUCACUGCCUCUGUUCAAGCCACCUCCACAACUUGAUACAUUGCCAAAACAACCCAAGAUCGUUCUUCCUCCUGGCAUGGGUGGUCCUCAAGAAAUCGUCAUCAACGAAGAAACCCUUCGAUUCUUCUCCAAGUCAACAGAACAAAUUCGUCGUGAAACUCGUGAUCUGAAGAAGGCUGCUUCUCACAUUGACGGCAGAUUAACAACCCAACAAAAAGAGUUUGAACGACAAUUGAAUGCAGUGAGAGACUUAUAUUUCAAGUUGGAAAAGACCAAUUCAAAGGAAGCCAAGGAAGCACAGCAGCAAAAACUGAAAGAAAUCUCUCAAAGACAUGCCAAAUUACGCUUACGCAUUGACGAACAAUUACGCACCUUGAUGAAGAGCUACCAACCUGAAUUAUCCAAUGAAGAAAAGGAGUGGAUUGAUAAGUUGGAAAAGUUAUCAAAGCAAGUUUCAGGGGAAUCCGGUUAUCUUGCUCGCAUCAAAAAGUUGAGAGAGCAACUUGAACAGCAACAACAUGUAACAAAACCCAAGACACACAGAUUCGCUGGCAUGAACCCAACUCAACUCAAGAGUGUGCUUGACACAUUGAAACAACAAUCCUCUGAUAUAGGCACAGUAACCGAAAGAAUGGAAAAGCUUGAGUCAAAGUUGCCUGCUUCCGCUUAA